AUGCAGUGCGAUAUAUGUUUCCGAAUAGGCGGGCAUAAGCUCCCAUUCCUUUGUCCGACAGAUGCGCGCAACCAGCUAUACGAAACCCGAGUUCGAACCGCUGGCUUUCUCCUAGAAAAGGAUGCGCUUGAUCGAGAAAUCAGCGGGCGCUUUCCGCCGCCGCCUUCGAAAUCGGGAAGACUAGAAGACGAACAACUUGCGGUCGCCACUCAGUCCAACUACGAUGCAUUAUUUGCUGAGCGAGAGCAGAUCAUAGACCGCACGAACCAGAUCAUUGGUCAUGCAGAUGAGUUGAGGGCGAAGGUGGAGCGAGCGAAGGAGGAGCGCAGUAAAAAGAAGGCUGCAAACGAUCAGAGACGGGCAGAACUUACCUCAGCUUCAAGCGGCGUUGAAGCUCGCAGGACGAAGCAAAUACAAGACAUUGAAGGUUCUACUCGUCGGACGAAAUACAGAUGGAACCAAGCAUAUAACCUUAUCGGGGGUUCCAGGGCCUAUCUUUGCUACGAAGCUGCCAAAUUGUAUGGGCUUCAGAGAGUCGGGAGAGCUAAUGGAGGGGAAGAAUAUAAGAUAGGUGGAAUCGGCAUUGUAGAUUUGAGGUUGAUGAACACGGCAAGCCCUGCCCAAAUCUCUACCUCUUUGUCUCACAUCACGCACACCCUCAUGCUAGCCACCCAUUAUCUAGCUAUUCGACUACCUGCAGAAGUAAUCCUUCCUCACCGAGAUUAUCCUUUACCUACGAUAUUCUCUUUACCUUCCUCAUAUCUACAUACCAAUGUACCAUUUCCUGGGGGGACGUCUAGCUCAUCCAGCAACAGUCCUUCCACCUCUCGCCAUAAUGAGAAUUCUAGUCAACCUCGACCCCGACCUUUAUGGAUCAACAAGCCUCUGCCCCUGUUGGCAAAUGAAGAUUCGGCUGCUCAUACCUCCUUUCUCGAAGGCGCAAUCCUCCUCGCCUACAAUAUAGCAUGGCUAUGUAAAAGCCAAGGGGUAUCUGUAGGAGAAAAUGGUACCACAACCUUCGAAGACAUCUGCAACAUAGGGAAAAAUCUAUGGAAACUCCUCAUAGGCGAUAAACCUCAUUUGCAACCUACACCCCGCUCCGCAUCACUCCCUCCCUCUCCCCCCAAUCAUCUCGAUCCCAAUGGCUACACUGAAGGCGAAGAAAAGAAGAAUUCCAAAGUUGAGCGUUCACUUCUCGGUUGGGCCAGCCACGGUUCCGCCUAUUCGUUCCUCGGAAGCGCAGAAGGCGCAGAAUUUAUACGCGGCUUUAAACUUCCACGUCCAAACCAACUAGCUGAUAGACUAAAGAACAAACUCAUGAGCGAAGUGGCGAACGCGGAAUGGGAAGUUCUGAAUCAGGAUGCGUGGGCGGUAGAGGAUGAGAUGGGUGAUGAUGGGGUUGUAGUGGGAGCCAGGAAAGAGGGGUCCGGGGUGGGGACUAGUGGUUUAAGAAAGGAUAGUGACUUUAUGGCUGGGAUGCAGAGUUUUAUGAGUAUGCGGACGGUGAUGGACGCGGUUGAAAUGGUGGGUGAUGGGAAUGGCGCUGUCAUCGGCACCGGGAUUGCGGAAAGGCUUUCGUUCGGACUUGCGAAUGGUGUUUAUAAGGAUAGAGGAGGAGAAGGGGAAGGCGAUGACACUUUAAGGGCAGGGGCGGUAGUGACUAGAGGCAAAGAGAAAGAUAAGAAGCCUGGAACGAGUGGGUGGACAAAAUUGAAGCCCAGAGGGUAG